GUUUCCGGGUUUCCCUUCCUGGGCUGGGACAGCGGCAAGAGGCAAACGCUCCAGUUGAUUAACACUUAUUCAAAGUUACUCUCAGACAUCCAGUAAGCAGCAGCGAUGUCUCAGUCUGGAGAGAAAGGGAAGUUCCCAGAUGCAGCGGGUUAUGUCGGGUUCGCCAACCUCCCGAACCAAGUGCACCGAAAGUCCGUGAAAAAAGGGUUUGAAUUCACCCUCAUGGUUGCAGGAGAGUCUGGUCUGGGCAAAUCGACGCUGAUAAACAGCCUGUUUCUCACUGAUCUCUACCCUGAACGCUACAUCCCCGGUGCAGCAGAGAAGAUUGAGAGGACGGUGCAGAUCGAGGCGUCGACUGUGGAGAUCGAGGAGCGAGGGGUGAAGCUUCGCCUCACCGUGGUCGACACCCCCGGAUACGGCGACGCCAUCAACAGCCAGGACUGCUUCAAGACUAUCAUCCAGUACAUCGACAAUCAGUUUGAGCGAUACCUCCACGACGAGAGCGGCCUGAACCGAAGGCACAUCGUGGACAACAGGGUGCACUGCUGCUUCUACUUCAUAUCUCCAUUUGGACACGGCCUAAAGCCUCUGGAUGUGGAGUUUAUGAAGGCCAUCCACAGCAAAGUCAACAUAGUCCCGGUCAUUGCCAAGGCCGACACGCUGACACUGAGGGAGAGGGACCGCCUGAAGAGGAGGGUGGGUUUUGACGUCCACACACACACACACACACACACACACACACACACACACACACACAAUAUUUAGAUCUAUAGCCGUUGUUUCUACAGUAUAAUCAUCUUUCCCCUGGAUUUGAUUCUUGGCACGAUGUUGCCAGGAUGUUUGGAAUUUUUUUUAUGUGCUUGUUUUUGUCUCAUCUACAGUUAUAUGGUUUAUCCAUUAGAAAGUGGGUCACUGGAUGAUACGCUAACAAUAGCAAAAAACAAACACCCAUCCAUCCUUAUUGACAGCCCGGUGUGUCAGGCAUCCGUGUGUUCAUGCACGUGUACUUCCUCGCGUAAUUGUGGCGAUUUGCGGCGUGUGCCUUGUUUUCUUAAUGAGACAGCCAGCCAGCCGAGUACAGGGAGGGACGACAUGCGGGAGGAAACAUGAGGCAGGGACAUGCGCAGGAAGACAGUGUUGUAUAUAAUAUAGGGGCAGCACAUCUCAUACACGUCUCGACCCAUCCCAGAUACGUCCUGUUGGAUGUGACCCAAAGUAUCUGCCUGCACGCUCCUUAGCUUCCUGCCUCACAGUAGUGCAACGCAGCACAACUGAUAACCUCUGCUCCACUCUACUGACCUAACACCUCACACCUUGCAAGCAAAAAAUGCAACAAACAUUCUUUUUGUCUUCUCAAAUGUGAAGGAUUGCCGACUUAAUCUCGGUUUCACGUUAAUAUAUAUCAAAUGUUUUUGGACAUUUUAUAGGCAAAACGAUGAAGUAACCAUCAGACUGACUGUAAUGGAAAAUGAUCAUCGGUUGCAGUCCUAGUUCAGGGGAAAAAGAAAAUUGCAGGCAGUGAAUGGGCUGUUGUUGCAAAUGCCUGCUUUUUAAUUGGAAAGCCAAUGCCCAGACCUCCCACCUGCCUCUCAUUGAGGUCUCGGAGCCGGUGGUCUGGCAGGGUGUCAGGCUGACCGGAGUCCAGCUCGGCUCCGUUCCCCCCUCGGCAGCGAGCCUGCUUUGUUCGAAGGCUCCCGCAGUCGGAGUCCUCGAAAAUUGCUGAUGCGCUGUCCCGGAGAGACAACAGGGUCACAGUCUCAGGACGCACACGGUGAAUUUCUUAAGACAACAAGAUUUCACAUCCGCCUCAUGAGGACAAUACAAUAACUCGGUAACUCCCCCUUAUUUAUAUAUUUUUCUUCUGUAUCACAAGAACAUUACAGAACAGACAUUAAUGUUGGAAAUAAACCUGUCAUGUUUAUGGAUUUUCUUUUUUGGUGAAGCAUUGUGUCAAAAAACAUAUAGUGACAUGAACAUGGAAGACAGACGUAAAGAAAGACAUUCAGACAAUAACAUAAAGCAUCUAUGAUGACGUGGUUAAUGAGUCCGGGAGUAUAGAUUACGUGUGUGUGUGUGUGUGUGUGUGUGUGUGUGUGUGUGU